UCCCACGUAGGAUGACUGCAUAAUCUGAUAUUUGAUUUGAUUGUGAAUGAACCCAUUUUAAAUUGUCAAAGGGGUAAACCAGGAAUCUUCUACAAUCUUCCAACUUUAGACUCUGAACAGGGGAUCUGCUGGAUAUCAUGAAGGUGGCUGUGAUACUUCUAUACCUUUAUGGUGCAAGCUUGAGCCUUCCUGUGUUCAAGUCUGACUCAUUUUCUCCCUGGAAGGGACUAAAUCCUACAGCCUUGCCCAGGAAAAGUCCAAAGGCUAUCCGAUCUGACUCAAAGCUUCCAUCUUUUCAAAAGGUCUUAGUUGUUCCUUUGAAGAUGUCCACAACACAGAAUGUAACAGGAAAACCUGCAUUCUCUGUGUCCACAAUCUUGUUCCAUCAUUCAAAAUCUCUAGCAUUUCAGCCAGACAAAAAAAACAAACCCUCAGUCCUUUCACAAGCCUCUAAGCUAUCUGUUGCUGCUGCUGAGCCAGAGGCAUCACCCAGCACGACAAUCCCAGUGCCUCAAGUAUUUAUAAUGCUUCCUAAUAUUGAGGGUGAAUCUGUACCCGAGACCUUCAACAUUCCACCAGUGAUUGUGUUUGAUCCAAUCUCAGGCCCAAUUAAAUUCACCCCUCAUCCAAUUCCACCAAUUUUUGGAGAAUCACCUUCGGAUCCUCCAGUAUUUAAAAUCCCCUCCAUUUUCCCUUAUGGCGAAAUACCAGAGGAUAUUCCAAUUGAGCCCCUUCGGAUCUCAGUUCCAAGUUCAAACACCCCUUGAUUUUCUGUGCACAAUCUGCACUCAUAUAAUUGGCAUUAGCUGCAACAAUACAGAUCAUCUGAAAGGUUUAAUUCUAGUAAGUUUUAUUUUGUUAAGUGCAAAACAGUAAACUCUUUUCAGCAUAUACAGUACAGCGAGUACACCAAAAUGUAAAACUACUAUGCCACAUUUGAUUCUUUUUGAAUGAAUCCAUAAAUAAAUAGCGAUGACAAGGGGAAGAUUCCAAAUUUUACUUAAUAAAAUAUACUGAGAAACAACAUAAAAGUGCAUUUGAACCAAUAUUUGUUGUAUGUGUAAUACAGUGUACUGUAUGUUAUGUAUAUCCUCUAAAUAAAGUGUUAGUGUUAGUUCAGAGUUAGUUCAGAAAAGUCUGAAUUAUUCCCAACCAGGAAAUGUAGGAGGAAAUAAUCUUACAUAUACUAUACAUUCAUUCAGCCUGUUACAUCCAUGUUACCUUAACAUACAGGUAUUUGCUCAGUAGUAUCUCCUGCUAUUGUUAAUUCAUAUAGAGCUUGUUUGUUUCAACAUACAGUACAUGUUUAAACAUUUGAUCAUACAGCAAGUACUUUGAUCUCCUUCCAGUGAAUCAUUACCAUUCUAAAAACCACUCACUUUGCGUGUCAUUUCAUGCUUCUUCUAUCAAGUCCUUGGCAGAGCAGAUGAGAUACUAUUUUCAAAUACUGAUGCAAUUUUGUUAAACAAUUUUGAAAAAAUAAGCAAACUGACACAAUUAUUAUCUAAGUAUGCAUUCAAACUGGAUACCUAAGACUCAAGAAAACUACAGUGUCACGGCCGUCCAAAGGGACUAACCGUGGGGAGCAGGAGUGCAGAAAAAGACCCAUAUGCGUAGCGGCGAG